AUGCUGAUUCGACGAUUACCUUGGUCGGCGAUCUCUAUUGCCGCACCAUUUCCCUUCGGUUCAGGUGGUUCUAGUGGACUUCGCAUUCCCAUUCGCAAGCAACUUAACUCUUCUCCCUACUCCAUCUGCUCUAGCUCCGGCGUCAAUCUCCCUCCACCACCUGGUCACGAAACGGAUACUCGUUACUCGAAAUCUCUGAAACCGGGUCUUUACCUCGUCGGAACACCGAUCGGAAAUCUCGAAGAUAUCACUCUGAGGGCUCUUCGCGUGCUGAACUCAGCUGAUGUUAUACUUUCGGAGGACACGAGGCACUCAGGGAAGUUACUUCAUCACUAUAACAUUAAAACGCCUCUCAUGAGUUAUCACAAAUUCAACGAAUCACAAAGGGAACAGGUUGUGCUUAGGAGGUUGAAGCAGGGUGAUGUUGUGGCUCUUAUAAGUGAUGCCGGAAUGCCAGGCAUCAGUGAUCCGGGUAUGGAGUUGGCCAAAUUGUGUGUUAGUGAGAAUAUCCUGGUUGUGCCAAUACCUGGUCCCUGUGCAUUGGUGUCUGCUCUUUCUGCCUCGGGUUUACCCACCGAUGAAUUUACAUUUGUUGGUUUUCUUCCUAAACAUUCGGGGUCGAGAAGAAAAAGGCUUAUGGUAUCAGCUGAUCAAACUACUACACAAAUAUUUUACGUUCCUCCUCACAAGCUUUCUCAGUUCCUUGAUGAGAGUUCUUCAAUUUUUGGUGAUGCAAGGCAAUGUGUUAUUGCUCGGGAAAUGACCAAGUUACAUGAAGAGUUUUGGCGUGGUACUCUUGGUGAAGCCAAGGAAGUAUUUUCUACCCGUCAAGUGAAGGGAGAACUUACUAUAUUGAUUCAAGGGCAAAUAAAUUCUAAAGUUGAACCUCCAUCAGAUAUUGAGCUUGAGAGUGAACUUAGAGAACUGAUUGCGAGUGGCGAGAGUCUUUCCACGGCUGUCAAAUUGGUCACCGGCAAAACAUCUGUGAGUAGGAAAACGAUAUAUUCACUUGCAUUAAGGAAGUUUGGGAAGCAACUUGAAGUGGAAGAUGAUUCAAAUUAG